UCUUUUCUUUCAUUUAUCUGUACAUUCUCGCUCCAAAAACAAACAUACACGCAAAGCUAGAUUUUUUGUGCCUCUGGCAUGAGUAUAUGAACGCUUCUCUAUGGGUUUGUCAUGUGGAGAGGAUGAUUUUGAAAAGAAUGGAAGUCAUGAAGUUCCGUUAAUAGUUGAUAGCAGAGAGACUAGAGUCAGUGGUGGCUAUAUGGAUUUACAACAUCGUCAUCAUGCAGUUGAGUACGAGGUCGAAUUCUGGCCAGUUGAACACCCAGUGGAACCACAGGAUGAAGAUCGUCCUGUCAAAUGUCCAAUGCCAACCUCUUCUGUUAUCAAGAAUGGAAGGGCGCAUGAGGAGAGAUUAGAGAAGAGAGCGGACGACCUACUACUACCUGCGGUAAUGAACAAACAAGGCAUUGUUGUGGUGGCUGCAGAGCCCCAAGUCCGAGCAGUGCGUAAAAGGCACCAUACACUUACCCGUCAGGACCACCGUGUAAUAGCUCCUGAUCUAGCAAGGAUGGCUUCACUUCCUGCUCUGCCAACUCAGAACGUCACCAUUUUUCAAAUGCUUCAAGAACUCGACAAGUUCGAUCAGUAUUAAAAAGGUAUAAAGAAUAAAUUAGGAAACCCACAUUUCCGCUCCAUCUAGCUUUAAUAGCUUCUUUUCAAUCCAUUGCGGAGCGGUAAAUGAAUUCUUCGUGAUUUUGUAUUUCGGGCCGAAAGGGAAAGAAAUAUCAUAGAUAUGCGGUAUAAGAAGCACUCUUAUUGUACUAUGAUUUUGAUUUUUUAUAUAUUUCUGUAGAAUGUGUCUUCCAGCCUCA